AUGCCCCAGGCCGUGCUUCAAGUCGAAAUCGAUGUCCAAUUGCCGAAAGAUGGCCUUAGAAGGUUCGUGAAACAAUUUAAAAAUUUAAUUUUUUUAAUGUGGAAUAAACUGUGUGUUUAUGAUUAUUUUGUGCGCUAUAGUUCUAUCGUCUCAAAAUUUUCUCUGUGUAGUGCAAUUAUUGCUGUAUUCACUUGUUCUGAAUAG